AGAAGAGGGCGCGGCGCCACGAAUGCGACGCUAACAAACAACACGUGGGUGCCACCGGGGAACCACGAGACGUUGAUCAAAGUUAUUUCCAAUUUUCGCAUUGACGUCAAUUCUGCUAUUCGAAACAGACGGCUCGGAGCCACUACAAACUUCCAAAAUGACCGACGAAGUCAACCCAAAGGCUUACCCGCUGGCCGAUCCUGAGCUGACGGCGAAGAUCCUGAACAUCGUUCAGCAGGCCACCAACUACAAGCAGAUGAGGAAAGGUGCAAACGAAGCCACGAAGGCUUUGAACCGUGGGCUCGCCGAAAUCAUUGUCAUGGCUGCCGACGCGACGCCCCUGGAAAUCGUUCUACACCUGCCACUUCUUUGUGAAGACAAGAAUGUGCCAUACGUGUUUGUGCGGUCUAAGCACGCCCUGGGACGAGCAUGUGGAGUUUCUCGGCCAGUCGUCGCGUGUUCGGUCACGGUCAACGAGGGGUCGCAGCUGAAGCCUCAGAUACAGAGUCUCCAGCAAGAGAUUGAAAAGCUGCUCGUCUGAGUGAAACGAAUGAGACAGAAAUGAACUUCUCUGCACCUCAUCCUUCUUUUUUUUUUUUUUUCCAUAGUUGAAGCGUGCUUUCGCUUGUUGUACAUUAUCCACACCGUUCUGUUUUUGCUCAUUGCCGUGUGCUUCGAGACAGUGCUCCCAUGAGCUGUUGAAAACCCUCUUUAUUUUUUUAUUCUACAAGUGACCGGGGGGUCUAAAAAUAAACGUUUAAUACACUCC